AUGAGCGCCAGCGAAACCUCUUCCUACGCCAAGGAGGCGGCGUCCGUUAAACGGAUUUCCCCCUUAAAGCGGACUUCCACGAAUGAGACAGACGUCGCUAAAAGCGAUUCUGUUCGUUUGUCUCCUGUCGCCACCGCAUCAGAUGCACCACCUCCGAAAAAAGCUGCGCCACCACCAUCUACCUUUGCUAUUUCCGUCAACAAACCUCCCUCAAGAAAGGGCAAAAUUUGUAUUACUUUGCCCACACAGAGUGAAGAAGAAGAAAUGCCCCUCGAAGCCCGUAUUAAAAUGCGAAACAAAGGCAGAGAUACUCCCACCUCCUGUGGUCCAAACUCGUUUGGCAAAGGACGCUUCGGUUUUGUUGAUCAAAGGGCCUUAGCUGAUCGGCAGACUGAGGCUCUAGCCGCAGCCGUUUCCAAUGACAACGUUAAGUCCGACAGGCACUCCUGA